UGUUCGGCUAUUCAGUUGUUGGGCUUGAGUAAUGAGCACUGUCCGUCGACAUGUUCGCAGUGCCGUAAAGGCGUUCAAAUUAGUUGUAAAAUCAGCCCGCACGAUACAUUUCAUUUAAUAACAGUUCGGACUUGUUUCUUCUUGCGAGAGUAUAUAAUGCACACACGAUGUCCGAAUGAGCCACAGUCAUCCGUCAACACCGUUCCAGUGAGCUCGUAUAACUCCUACUCAACGAAACCUACAGUCCCAAAAUGCACUCCAUUUCUGCAAUGGCUUUGAUCGCUUCUCUGGCGCUGUGCGCCGCUGAUGUCUCUCAUUUGCCCCUCUCCCGGAGCUACUUGCCUCCGCUCAGUGGUGCCGGCGGCUACUCGGCGUACUCCUCGUAUCCCUCGUACACGGGCAACUCCUACUCCAGCGGUGCCUACUACCCGAGUUCCCGCCUCGGCUCUGGGUACAACUCCGGCUACAGGCCCGGCUACAACUCCGGUCUAGGCUCUGGCUAUGCUGCUCCGCUGGUCACCGCUGGCUACAACAGCUAUGCAGCUGUGCCGCAGUACAACACCUAUGCCACGCCCACACGCACCUAUCUGCCAGCCCUGAUAGGUUACUCGGGUGCUGGCUACUCCGGCUCUGGCUUAGCAGGCUCUGGCUACAGCGGCUUGGAUACUAAAUAUGCCUCCAACGGUGGCUAUAUCUAUUAGGAGACGAUCUCAGGCUUUGCUUGGAACAUCUUCAAAUAUGUCUCUCUACAUCUAGUGUAUAUAUUAUAUAAGUUUUUUUUUUUUCAACGCGUAAUUAAUAAACAAUUCUAUUAUUCAAUUAAA